AUGAGCUCAUUUGUUUGUUAUGAGCAUUACAUUAAUAGCUUGGUUGUUUAUUAUCGUAAAAACACGAUAAACGCUGCACGCUCCGAUCAUGUACCUACUGUCUACUAUAGAUUCUUUGGUAAAACUGCCACAGAAAUCAAAAUGACGUCACGAGCACGCGAUGCUCGCGUGUUUACAGGUUAUUCGAUUAGUCGGCAGUCAGCCGAUGAGCCGAGCUAUGUAUAUAGUUGUCGUCUGUUUCAAUAAAAUGCUAUUGAAAAUAGUUUCUUAGAAAUAGAUUUUGAGCUAUGUCCAAAUUGGUACAACUACAAUAAAAUACUUACAGUCUCGUAUUUUGUAAAGGUUUCCGAAAUGAACCCAUAA